CCUAGACAGGGGAUGUAGCGUUGUACGCAUGCGUCGGUUUAGUUCUUCUCAGAUUUGACUGAAAGGAAGAGCCUUCGUGAACGAUGAAGACACUGUGCAUCUUUGCCCUGCUGGCCGUGCUCGGCCUCGGGACCGGGGAGGAGGGAGCCCGGCUCCUGGCGUCCAAGUCGCUGCUGAACCGCUACGCUGUGGAGGGCAGAGACCUGACUCUGCAAUACAACAUCUUCAACGUUGGCACAAGUGCUGCCCUGGAGGUGGAGCUCUCCGACGACUCUUUCCCCCCUGAGGACUUCGGGAUCGUCUCUGGGAUGCUGAAUGUCAAAUGGGACCGGAUUGCUCCAGCUAGCAAUGUCUCUCACACGGUGGUGCUGCGCCCCUUGAAGGCUGGCUAUUUCAACUUCACAUCUGCAACCGUGAGCUACCUGGCCCAGGAGGGAGGACAAGUUGUGGUGGGCUACACCAGCGCCCCGGGGCAGGGAGGCAUCCUGGCUCAGAGGGAGUUCGACCGGCGCUUCUCCCCUCACUAUGUGGACUGGGCUGCGUUCGGCGUGAUGACCCUUCCCUCCAUCGGCAUCCCGCUGCUCCUCUGGUACUCCAGCAAGAGGAAGUACGACUCCCCAAAGUCCAAGAAGAACUGAGCGCACUGCAGGGGUCGGAAUGGGGGGUGGGGGGGUGGAGGGGGUUGGGAUUGGGGAUACAGAUCUUAAGGCGUCAAUUUUAUUUUUUUUCAUUUCUAAUUUACCCAUAUUGGGGUUAAAACAAAAAAGUGAUUCAACUUUCAGAGGGCAUCAGGGUUUUGACUAUGAUAGGGAAGUUGUGUAUGAGCUUACAAAAGCACACGGAACAAGCACGUUUUACAUCUUCACAAGUAGGAAAAUUGUUCACUUUUCCUAACUGUUAUUGUGGCGACCUCCCCGGAAACCCAUCAACAUCCAGAAGCCGGGAACCAGAAGCUAUCAGGAUAUUGGGCUGGCCUUCACCUUUGCAAUUCACAUUUCAACGCUACAUUGACAUUAGUAUACUUUUUGAACUCUGGUUAUUUCUUGUACAGGAUUUUCUGUGUGAAAUGAAACCUCAAAAGAGAAUUAAAGUUGUUUUUUUGGAAGA